CAUAAUUAAGGCAGCUGCUCAAGUAUUUCCAGAAAUCACGCAUUGCUAUUGUGUAUACCACCUGUUAAGCAACCUAAAACCAACCUUCAAGAAGAAUGCAAGCAAGCUGGAUAAACCAUUCUUCGCUGCAGCCAGAGCAUACACAGAGAGGAAAUUUGAAUACCAUAUGAGCGAGUUGGACAGCUUGGACAUCCGUGUCAGACCAUAUUUACAAAAAGUUGGAUACCACAAAUGGUCAAGAUACCACUGCAAAAACAACAGGUAUUCAACUAUGACUUCAAACAUUGCUGAAUCUCUAAAUGCAGCAAACUUAGCAGCUAGAGAGCUACCAAUCACAACACUGAUGGAGUCAUUGAGAGCUUUGAUACAACAAUGGACAUACACAAACAGGAAAAAAGCACAGAAAACAACAACAUUUUUAACCCCUACAGCAGAGAAGAAAUUAGUCAACAACUUUGUGGACUCAUUGACAGAAAAUGUAAAACCAAUAAAUGAGACCAUGUUCAAAGUCGUAGAACUAACCAGAUCAUGGGUCAUCAACCUCAAAGAGAAAACAUGCAGUUGCAACCGAUUCCAACUUGACGAGUUACCGUGUGCUCAUGCGCUUGCUGUUAUAAAAGAGAUGAACUUGAAUGUUUACAACUACUGUUCAGGUUAUUACACCACAAGAACAUGACUUGAAACAUACAGCGGCUCAACAUAUCCGGUACACAAUCACACAACAUGGGAUGUGCCACAAAACAUAAAAGAUAUCAUUGUUCUGCCACCAAACCAGAAAAUAAGAUCUGGAAGACCAAGGAAACGAAGGUUUUUAUCUGAAUGGGAUACAAAAAAACAUAACAGGUGCAGCAAAUGUGGUCAACACGGACAUAAUCGAAAGACAUGCAACAAUCAAGCAAUAAAAUAGAUACAUAUGAAAUAUUUGAAUUGUUUAAUUUUGUGUGCAAAUUCAAACAGGUUGAUGUGUUAUGUUCUAAAUACAUGGGAUUUCAUUUUUUAUGAAAUUUGAAAUAGUUUUUUAAUAGU